CAGGAAAAUAAAUUACUCCAUGUCUAGUAUUGUCUAGAUGAAGGUUACCUGGAGCAAGCAUUACUGGAAUUUAAGCCAUAUUUACAGAUACUGAAAGAGACCAUGAAGACUGUAUUUAUUUGCAUCUGCCUCUCAAGCCUUGUCUGGGCUUUUCCUAUUCACAAGUCUCAGUCAGAAAGCUCAGAAACUGUUGAGACAGACAGUAGAUCAUCAGAAUCCAGCAUCCAGAGCUCUGAACACAGGUAUUAUUCAAGGAAAGGACUUACCCCCCAAUAUAAGGAAGAAGAUAUUAGCGGGACUGAUGACGAAGCCACUGUUGACCACGAUUCCACCGCUGUUUCAGCUGCAGUUGAUAGUGAAGGCCACGUGGACGAGGACUCAGAGGGAGAUGAACAGGUAACAGAACAGCUUACUCUGGGAACAGAUGAUACCAGUGAUACCACUGAGAGUAAAGACAAAACCCAGACUGAAUGGGAAAAAAGUGAAACAGACAGAACACCCUAUGUCAGAGAAGAUACGUCAGAAAGUGAAGAUAAAACUGAGAAUGGCAGUGGCUAUCAUUCAGAAAAUGGCGCAAGUCUAGAUACCAUUGAUUUAUCUAUGAGUUCUGAUAACAAAGAUAGCGAGGAUGAUGAUGAUUAUAAUGAUUAUGAUGCUCCAAACAUAUCAAGUGCCCACAACAGUGAUGAAAUUAUUGAAAAACAAAAUGAAUUCAAUGAUGACUAUGAUGAUGAUGUAAGUGUCAAGAGUGGGGAAAGUAGACCAGGCAAAGACAAUUCCAACUGUGGUGAUAACAGUAAAGAAAACAGUAAAAUUAAUGAAGCUCAACAAAUUAGCCAAGAGCACAGCUAUGAAUAUGAUAUUGAAGAGAUGCAAAAUGAUGAUUCAAAUCCAUUGCUGCACAGCACCGGUGAUUCUAGCAUAAAUCAUGACCUAACUUUGAGUACGUCAAAAGAAAAGAAGGAUGUCAGUUGGAAGAAAAAAUCAGGAAAAGGCAUAAAUAAAAAGCAGUCUAAAGGAUUUUCCAAGAAUAAAGUCCAACACAAUUCAGAUAAUAAAGAUGUGAGAAAGCUUGGUAGAAAAUCUGUAGAGGACCAGUUGAAUUCUGAAGGCACACCUAGUUUAGAAAACAGAGAUUCCACACUACAAGGAAGUAUGGUUAAAUUCCAUAACAAAUUUGAAAAUACGAGUAUUUCAGUUGAAGAUACUCACUCAGAGGAAGAUAUCAUCCCACAAAACAAGGAUGCAAGUCACUCAAAAGAGGAAAUCGACCGCAAGUCAAAAGAGGUGAUCAGUCAUUCAAAGGUGGAUGAUACACAAUCAAAGGAAGAUGUCUCUCAAUCUCACGAGGAUGCAAGUCACUCAGAAGAACAUGUAAGCCUAUCAAAAGAGUUAGAAACUCAAUCUAAGGAGAGUAGCAGCACAUCAAAAGAGAUCCAAGAGCCAGACACUAAAUCCAAGGAGCGUAAGAGCACAUCAAAAGGGUUACUGCAACCACAGAAAGAUGUGAACCUAUCAAAUGAGCAUUUAAAUCACUCAGAUGAGCAUAGCUUGUCAAAAGAGCAUGUUUCACAAUCUAAAGAGAUCAGUGAGUCAAAAGAGGACAUUACACACUCAGUAGAGGAUGUCACUGAGUCUGAAGAAGACACCACUACAUCAGAAGAACAUAUAGUUCAUUCAGAGAAAGAGGUUACUCACUCAUCAGAAGAGGUUAGCCAGAUUAAACAUAUUCAGAGUAACUCAAAAGAGAGUGAGAGGCUAAAAACAGAUGCUAAAACACAUGAUAACAGUGAAUCAAUUGAAGAUAUUAGCACUGAAUCAGAAGAAAUUCCUGACACUAACUCUAAACAGAGUGCUAGCAACUCAGAGGAAACUGAUGCCACACUAGAACAACUUCAAAGCCAUGAAUCAGCAGAGAUGAGGUCCAUUGUGCUUGGAAAUGGCACAGUACAUGACAGUAAAUCAUCAAGCAAGUCAACAGAACAUUUCAGUGUUUCUAGAGAAGACACUACCAGCAAUUCAGUUUAUGACACCAAAGAGGAUGAUGACAGCAAUUCUAGAGAAAGUGAAGAAUCAAGUGAAGAGAGGUCUAAUGAUUCCAGCGAGUCUGAAGAGAAUUCUAGAGAAAGUGAAGAAUCAAGAGAAGAGAGGUCUAACAAUUCCAGCGAGUCUGAUGAGGAUGUCAGAGCAUCAAUAAGCAAUGAAAUUGAUAGCAGAAGAUUAAUGUUUGAUGUGUAUAAACGUAGAGCCAUAGGAAAUGAUAAUGACUGCCAAGAUGGUUACUAGGACAUAAAACCCCAGAGUGUAAAGCCAUUAUUUACUAAUCAAUCAUUAACAUCAUAGGGCGUGAGACAUCAUAUUGCAGUAUUGUUCCCCCUAAAUGUAUCAUUCAUAUGGCUCUAUAAUGAUUAUACAUUUUUGCUAGAUGUAGUUGAAAAUGUAGCCUACUGACCAUAUGGCAUAGUUUAUCUAUGUUAUUUUAUUUAUUCCUAUCACAAUAUAAAAUAAGCUAUUUAGUGAAUGAAAAAAACAGGGUAAUACCUCAAACGAAUGAUUAUUGAAACACUUAACUGGCAAUUUGUUAUUUUAUAACUGCAUAUUUCCAUAUAAAAAAUAAGACUGUGCCUAAAAAUCGAUUCAGGGGACCACUUGUUAUUGAGCACAAGGAAUACAUGGUGCUACGUUCCAGUUCAUAUGCAUGAAUUUUUAGUACUAGUUGAUACCAGUAUUCUGCCAUUUUUUCUAGGUUCUGUGACUGUAGCAAAUAAGCAAUGGUUUACAUUUCACAAGAGAAUUAUAGAAUAACUUUACAAUCACCCUUAUUUUCAGUAGCCUGAGUCACUCACGCUAGCAGCCAGAGUAUUUUAAAGUUCACCUUUGAGAGAGUAGGGCUUAAUUAAAGAGGAAGGAAACCUAGUCGGCACAAAACCCCGCCCACCCUCCCAUUUGUUGCCCAAGUUAGGGGCAU